AUGGAUAUUGCAGAUUUUCAAGCAUUUGAAUUCGAUCAAUUUAAUGAUUUUCUCGACACUACGAAUUUCCAGGAACUCAUUGAUCAAAUUAGAGAAGAAACUGCCGAACCCGUAAAGACUUUCGUGCCAAAUUACUAUGGUAAUGGUCAUCAGCAACAAGAAGUUAAUAAUGAGCUUAUGUUUUUCAAUGAUGGUGCUACAUAUGAUAAUAACCAGUUCUUUCCCACUCCGGGAGAGUUAUUUGGAUUCAGUUACCCCGCCGCUGAUACUACUAGUGCUACUCUUGUUUCUGAUCCAAUACCAGCCAAUCCGAAUUUUUUAUCAUCAUCUGGUGCCUUCGACAUUGACGGAUUACUAGAUGAAACGGAAAAUGGAGAAAAUGAUGCAGGCGACUAUUGGUCCGGAAAUACAACUAUAACUCCACGAUCAUCAUCUUCAAAGAGGAGCUCUUCGUGCCUUGAUAGCACGAGAAUACUAAGUUCUGAACGGACGAGAAGAGUUCGAAUGAAACAUAAUCUUUACGCCUUACGUGCUUUGGUUCCUAACAUCACCAAGAUGGAUAAGGCAUCAAUCGUAGGAGAUGCGGUAUCAUAUGUUCAAGAUUUACAAAAGAAAGCUAAGAAACUACAAACUGAAAUUGCAGAACUCGAAUCAUCAUCAUCGACUAAAAAAGGAGAUAGUUGCUUGAACAUAGUUGAAAAUCCAAAAAAGACCCCUUAUAUAAAAAAGCAUCAAGUUUGCAAGAAAAUUUUGAAAAUGGAUGUGUUCCAAGUAGAAGAAAGUGUGUUUUGUGUAAGAUUAGCUUGCAACAAAGGAGAAGGCAUUGCAGUAUCUUUGUAUAAAGCUCUUGAUUCAUUAACUUCAAUCGACGUGCAAAGUUCGAAUUUCGUAACGUCUCCUGAGAGAUUAGUGCUUACUUUCACAGUUAAUAUUAAAGAGUGUGGAGAAAACAUGAUGGACCUAUCAAACUUGAAGUCAUGGUUGAAUAGAGCUCUUUUUAAUCAAGGAUUUGAGUACAAACUGAACAGUACUUAA